AUGUUGCCACCACUAUGCUUCACGAUGGCUGAGUAUGACAUUAUCGAUGCUGCUGAAAUUGAAGAAAUUAAAAGGUCACUAGCCACUGAAGAUCUGCCAUCAGCUGUUGACAAGAUUAAGGAUUAUUUUGCACAACAAGAUCGUGUGGAACUGAACAUUGCUGUAACAGGAGAAUCUGGAUCUGGAAAAUCGACAUUUAUUAAUGCCUUCAGGGGUUUAGGGGAUGAAGAUGAAGGCUCUGCAGAAACUGGUCUAGAAGAGACUGGUCUAAAGUCUCCUGCUGUCUUCCUGAUCUCCUGCUUCGAACUCAGUCUCUAUGAUUUCACCUGUCUUGAGGAGACCAUGGAGAGGGAACUUCCCCAGCACAAGAGAGAUGUACUGAUGCUGGCGCUUCCAAACAUCACUCUGGAGAUCAACAAGAAGAAAAAGAAGGCACUGCAGAGCAACAUAUGGAAGUUGGCUCUGCUCUUUGCCUCAGUUGCAGCUGUUCAGAGGGUAGUGAUCUGGCAAAUCAGGAGUCACGUGAAAGGCCCCGGUCCUCGAACUUACAGACAUGUUAAACUGCUUCUAGAAUCUCAUGUAGCCAACGAUAUUCAAUGCUGA